AGAUGGUAUCCAUGAAUGUAACUUAUCCAUGAUAGGAAAUCUUGAAUCUCAGCCGUCCAUCACCUCACCCCCAAAAUGGGGCUCGAGGGACCAUGAGAAUUCGUUGAGGAAGCAUGGGCCGUGGCGAGAGCUGGCAAUGGAUGCGUUGGAGUGUGGGAAUGGCCGUGGCCCUCCUCUUGAUAGUCGUGGGGUCAUUUCUCGUGGCUGGAGGCCGCAGCAAGCGCUCCGGCAGUAACAAUACCGCUGGCGUGCAGGUCCUUGACCAUACAGAUCCCCUGCCUAAUUCUGGUGCGGGGCUUCCGGCCUCAGCACCAGUCCGAGAACCGCCUUCCCAGGAUUGGGGGGAAGCAACAACUAUGUCAGAACAAGGCGACAAGGAGGAGGUGAGAGCCCCGCCGGCGAUGGGGGCGUCGGGAACAUCUUUCCAAGACCUCCUGGACGCUACCACCACCCACGGUAUUCCUGCGGAAGAUAAAGCGGAAAGCACGACCGAUUUUUGGGGCAACGAAAUUCCUUCCGCCGACGGAGAGGCGGAGGAGGUGGACGCGGAUUUGAUGGACGAGGAAGGCCAGGAGGUGGAGGUGGAUGAGGUGGCGGGUGUGUGUUUCGUCGAGAAUUCCAUCGAGCUUCGGAAGGCGAUAGUGAAAGAGACUUGUUCGAUGAUCCAGCUUGCGUCCAUGAGCAACGACAUGGGGGAGAUGGAGCAGGAGACGGAUGACGAGAUGGACAUGCUGGACGAAAUCGAUGGGAUGGGGGGUAGGAACGGUCAGUAUGAGCUCUACAAGGAGAUCGUCAUCCGCCGCACGUUGACCAUUCAGGGGGAUUCG